AUGAAGCGGAUCGUUCCGGCUCAGUGGCGGCGGCCAUCGCGGACGUCUAGCGGCCGGGACAGGCCUAGCGCCGCCCAGAGCUGCGCGCGCGACUCCACGCCACGCGGUAGCCCACGGAAACGUGUUCGGGUCAUUAUGAAACACGAAACUAUGAUAUUUCGAGUCGUGGGUCCGUCCGCGCGACGAACGACCUCAGCGUUGCGCAGUCGUCGCGCGCCCAAUAAAUAUACUUUACUGUUAUCUAUAAACAACCUUCAGCUAGAAGCCGGACCGGUAUCGAGGCGAAACUAUUCUAAUAAAAAACUAAAACCAGUCCAAAUUAAAGAUAAGAUGGUGGAAACGGAGGAAUUAAACGGGCGUAGGCAAGCUAUUCGAUUACGAUGCACACGGAAUCCAUCACGCCACUCAGUUGACACUUGUUCAGAAAUAGUGUCGAUGCAUCAAGCUCAAAUUAUAGCUGUCACCGGCCGCGGUGUAACGAUAACUUUGAACAUCGACUUGACUGAUUAG